UUUAUUUCCAUUAUCAUUCGCUCACAGAACAGAAGGGAAAGUCCCGAAUGUUGAGGUAAAUUUUGUUUUUUUGGAAUUGGUUUAUAAUACAUUGAUAUAAUGUCAGGUAAUUAUAAAGAAAAAUACAAGUUUUUGAAGAGAAAGUUGAAGAUAUUACUUUACGAGCACGAAAGUCUAUCUAUUGAAGUAGAAAAAGCUCAAAGAAAAUUGUUACAAGUAUCACGAGACAACAGUUUCCUACUAGAUAGGUUGCUACAAUAUGAACAAGUGCCGGUUGAUACUUCUGAUGAUUCAGACGCUACUUUAUCAUCUGAUAGUGAACCAGAACAACCUCCCCCUUCAAAAAGAAGAAUGCAAGCAAAAGUGUUGGAUAAAACUAUCAAAUUAGAAUCAAAAGAAGCAAAUCAGAAACAGUCUAAAGCUGAGCUAGAAGCACAAGCUACUUCCAGUGUUGUUUCCAAUGUAACAAUUAAAGAAGAGAAAAUUGAUGAGGUUGACGUGGUCUUCACUAAACCUACAGAAGAUCAAGUUGAUGAUCAUUUAAAAAAUCUAAAAACUGAAAUUGAUAUUGGAAAAGAUGAAAAUAUAAAUUAAUGAAUAAGAAAUAUGUUUCUUUAAAAUUAAAUAUUUUCCUAUAAGGUCUUUGCGCAGUGGGGUAUCAUGACACAUGGGUAGUGUGGUCAUUAUAAAUAAACUGCCAACCUUACCUGUGCUAAUUUAAACUUGCUUCAGUACACAUCUAGAGUUCGAAUCCGAGGUUUCACAAAUACCAACCAUGAUUAAAUUUUGUUAUGUUUUACAUGUAUUUAGUUUUGUACUGUGUUUUGUAGUUUUUGUGUAGUAAAGGUUUGCAUAAAUAAACUUAUAUUUAUGUGGCGAAAAUGAAUACAGUGCAGUGUU